AUGGCGCCCCAGCUGGCUUGGAUUGGCCUCGGCAACAUGGGCAGAGGCAUGUGCUCCAAUUUGGUAGAAAAGGGAAAUCUGGAGAAGCCGCUCAUUCUCUUUAACCGUACUCAGAAGCGCGCCGACGACCUCUCGGCCAAGCUUCCCUCGGGCAAGUCUACCGUCGUCUCGUCGGUCCAGGAUGCCGUGAAGCAGGCUGACAUCAUCUUUACUUGUGUUGGCGACGAUAAGGCCAUCAAUGAGACCAUCGAUUCUGCUCUCACAGUAGACGUCACCGGCAAGUUGUUUGUCGACUGCUCCACUGUCCAUCCUGAAACCAGCGAUGCUCUCGCGAAGAGGAUCUCGGCAAAGGGUGCCGGCUUUGUGGCCAGUCCAGUCUUCGGCGCUCCGGCCAUGGCGGAUGCUGGCCAGCUCAUCUUCGUGCUGGCGGGCGAGGCGUCCUGGAUCGAGAAGGUUAAGCCAUACACAACCGGUGUCAUGGGCAGGGCCAUCAUCGACUUCAGCGGACAAUCACACGGCAAGGCCACGCUGCUGAAGGUCAUCGGCAACACGUUCAUCUUCAGCAUGAUCGAAUCCAUAUCAGUCGGCCACACACUGGCCGAGACAUCUGGGCUGGGCACCGACAACCUGCACCAGUUCAUCGAGACCAUGUUCCCCGGCCCCUACGCCGCCUACUCCAACAGAAUGCGGUCCGGCGACUACUACAAGCGCGAAGAGCCGCUCUUCCAGGUCGAUUUGGCAAGGAAAGAUGCGCGCCACGCGCUGAGCCUGGCCGAGGCAUCAGGCGCGAAGCUGAGGUCGGUCGAGGUGAUCGACUCGCACCUUGAGGGCGUGCAGAAGGCGUGUGGUGCAAAGGGCGACGUUGCUGGCAUCUAUGGCGCUGUGAGGGAGGAGAGCGGUCUGCCUUUCAAGAACGGGCCCUGA